UCUUGUGACAAAAAACAAUACGAUCAAUUAUGUCAAAUUAGAUACUAACGACUCUUGAAUUGUUUUUCUAAAUUUUUUAUCGAUAAAAAAACCGUUAUUUAUUAUCUUUUUGUGUGUAUAAAUUAAUAUAUAGAUGUAAUACAUCAUGUUUAAUUACUGUUUAAGUAUUGUGUCUCUAAUAGCUCUAUUCUCUUUCGCAAGAGUUUUUGGCCUAGAAUGUUACGUUUGUGAAAAUCAAGAAGAUAAUAAUGAGAAAUGUGUAAAAACUAUAAAGACAUGUGAAUACAACCAAGAUGUUUGUUUGACUGAAAUCAAAUGGGGCAGUACUCCAUACUGGUCCCAAGGUGCUAAGAAACAGUACUAUGUGUCCAAAAGAUGUUCCAACAAAACUGAAUGUGCAACCACCAGACAUCACUAUAUGCCGCUGUGUACACAUAUUUGGUACCAAGAUUGGGUGUGUUCUGAUUGUUGUCAAGGUGAUCGUUGCAAUUAUUACAUUAUUAGUGGCAGCACAUCUAUAAAACCAAUACUGAGUAUAAUUACUGGAAUAGUAUUUUUAUCAUGUUUAUUUUAAAACUGCCAGGUUAUAUACACUUCAUUAGAGAGAGAUAAAAUUAGUUAUACUAAGUAAACUAAUAUAGAUUAUAAGAAAAUUCAUAUUCCGUCCAUUUUUCGUAAAUAAGUAUACCUGUGAUAUAUAUAUCACUAAAUACUUAUUUUUAAAUUUUGUUGUAGUGUAAUGACCAUUGUAAUAAUAUUUUAUUUUUAUUAUAAAUUUAACUAAGUAAAUUAAAGAUUGCAACUAAUAGUAUGAUGUAUCCAAAUAUUUUUCCUAUAAUUUGUAACCACCUACCUACCAUGCAAUAUUACUAAACUUCUAUAUUAUAAUGCAUUUAUUCAAUAACUUAGUAUUACUAAUGCCAGUGGCUUUAAUCAUGUGAUGUAAAUAGAAUCUCAAUAUAUAGUUUUCAUAUACUUAGAUGCAUUUAGAAGUUAUAGAUGAUAACAAACAAAAGACUUUUUAUUAUUGCUACAUUUAUGCACACAGUAAGUGCAUAAUUUCCAAUUCUGUUCAUAUUGUAUUCUGUGAAUAUUAAGAUUACUAAUGUUCUGGAAAAUAAAUAGCCUUUUAUUAGUACCUAUGUAGUCACGUAUUAACUUAUUGUUACAAAAUAUUGUAUAGUAGGUAUGUUUUUUAUACUGAGGACAUUUAAUAAACAAUGUUAUAUAUGUUUUUCAUUGAAUUUAUUGUAUUAUAAAAAACACAAAAAUGUAAUAAUAUACAAACACUUAUAAUUUAGGUAGUUAUAUGGAUAUUUUAUGCAUUUUUAUUUCAAUAAUAAAAAAAAAAUACCAGGAUUAUUUACUACUAAAGUAACCAUUUGUAAUCUUUUUCUACAUUUGCCACAAUUAGAACUUUGAAGUUCUAACUUUACAGAAGUCAAAAUUUGGUAUUUCAAAGGAAGCAAAAAAUCUAUUUUGGCUUGUAAUGGUUCUCUUUAGCUUGGCUUAUUUUUUUUAUAGCUUUAAGACGAUUGUUUUUGAAUUUUUUAACUAGUGAAUUUUCACUAUUCAUGAUUAUCGAAAAAAAGAAUAAGUUAAGUUAGAACUCAAAUAAUGACAUGCUGGAGCAUAGGUCUUGGGUAUCGUUCGAAAGGAUCUAUUAUUUACUUAUUUGGUAUCAGUAUUUUAUUUUACAAAUGAAUUGUCAUAGUUCAAUUUUCAUAAUUUAGGGUCACAUUUUGAUCAUAGUGGAAGAUGAAAAGAAAGGGUUGUUUAGUACCUAUGUGACUAUAAUAAAUAGAAAAAGUGUAUAUUAAUUCAGAAUAAAUAUUUUUAAAGAAAUUUUUAUAUAAUUAACUUGAGACGAUACAGAAUUAUUAGAAAUUCGAUGUAUUUGCACUUGACUAUUGUACUUAUGUUAUUGUUAUUAAAUAAUAUACUAAUAGACUACACAUUGGCCUUAAUAUAAGUUUUUGUAUUAAAUUUAAAAUUU